AUACUCUAACCGGCGCGAGGCUCGCACGCCCCGGCACGACCACGCGCAUUACACAGUGAAAGUCGCACGCGCAGUUUACGCUACGAAUUCGUGAGCUCGACAUCUUCUAGUUAUUUUGUUUAUCCGUUGCGCCAGUGCAACGGGGGGAAAGGAGGUCGUUGCGCGAUCGCAACCCCAGGCAACUACGAAAACUAUAAUAAAUUCGCAAAAAACUAAAAUGGUCGGCGUGUUAAAAAACUUCCAUGUCUAUGGAAUCAGUGAAAUAAAUCUAAUCAUAUUUUGUUACUAAGUGUUUCAAGUGUAAGUGAGUGACGAUGAGUGGAAGUGAGCCAACUUUAACUGAAUCGCCAGUGCCUCUGGCGCUAGCGCGGCUGCAGGGUAGGCCUGGCCGGAUGCGCGUUCACCGCCCCAGUCUACCUCUCGCCAGUCUCCAAGAGGCCAUCGACGAAACCCCUCGACGCUGCAGCGAGGAGCCCCCCGCGCCCGACACGGAUGACGAUGAACCCUUCGCCGAUCCUGUGGUCGUUCACAAACCCUCCCCGUCCGCUUCUAACGGGCGAAGAGCCUCAGACGCUACAUUCGCUGAACGAUACAGGAAGCUGACCGAAUUCGAUGGUCCACCGCCUGACAUGCCCCGGCGAGCCUCUCUAGCCGUACCCGUCGGAGCGGACGGCUUCGGACCUAGCGAUAAAGGCCGCAGGCGAUCCUGGGCGGCACGACUCCAACUGGAGCGUAAGAAAAGACGAAAGUCGGGUGGUGGUAAUGACACCGACGAGGAGUGUGACCCAACGACUUAUAUACGCCAAAAGCGACCUUCCUGGUGGAACGUCUUCAUGCCAGAUAACAUGCUGAAAAACAGGUCUAGGCGAGCUUCGCAGCAGCUAUCCCGGAGUGCCGAAAGCAUUGACCAGUCCUACAAAAGGUCGAAAAGUCGCUCCGUCGAUCAUGGCUUCGCCGCGCCAUUCGACCUGGAUUCCCUGCGCUCCAAAGUGGAGGGAAGGUUCGACGCGGUACAUAAAGAUGAAGACGAACAGAGCAAGAGGCUGCCUCCACCAACACCCAUAAAAACUAUGACAUAUACAGUCCGUGAUCGUGACACUCUCACGUCGCUGGCUGCUCGCUUCGACACUACGCCCUCCGAGCUCACGAAACUAAACCGCCUCGCCACUCAGUUCAUCUUUCCAGGACAGACGCUUCUAGUCCCCGAUAAGAGGAAAGAUGGCGAUAAAGACUCCGAUGGGCCGUCUGAGAGCGGCGAUAACACGUCGGAAUCAACGCAAGGUGCACCCAGUGAGCCGGCGCAGGAAAAAGAGAUCCUAGACAACCUGCGGCCCGUGUCGCCUGAUGCACCAGCCAGUAGCAGCGCCCCGCAGCGAUUCCUGAAGAUAAACGUGCGGCACAUAACUGAUGGCCAGGGCGUCGUGUCUGGUGUAUUGCUGGUGACCCCAAACGCUGUGAUGUUCGAUCCGAAUGUGUCAGAUACGCUCGUGAUGGAGCACGGGCCCGAGUCAUACGGCGUCAUCGCGCCAAUGGAGUACGUCGUCAACGCGGCCAUAUUCUACGACAUCGCACACAUGCGUACACACGGCCCGGACCACAACGCACACAAAGCGGAGCAAGCUGAGAUCUACUACAUGAAUAAAGCUGAGCACUCCCCUGGCAAAGAUUCUCUUCUAGUCAAAGACGAAACAUUCCCCGAGCUGCAGGCAGCCGGGGAGGGAGCCCCGGGCGUUGAGGGGCCUGAAGAUCGACCCUCGUCCCUCGAUACGGAGGAAAGGGGCGGUGCUGCAUUCCCAAAGGCUUUCGAUCGGGACCUGGUCACUCCCACACCCAUCCACCAACAAACAACGGAAGAGAGGCGAAAAUCUCUUCUCGACCAUCACUGGGCGAUCCCGAGCAAGGAUAGAAUGUCCAUCGACCAAGGAAGUGAGGUAUCCUCGAGCGCAGACCACGGCAAGGAGGAAAGUCUCGAAACAUCCGUAGCGGAGGGAUCCGUUGAGGAGCGCGCUGGCAGUGCCGAGGGUGAAGGGGACGUGGAGGGUGAGGGCGAGCCCGAAGAGCGCGGGGAGAGGGGGGACGCUGCGCACUUGGUGAAGCUCUCCUACCACGACUCCGGCAUCGAUAUCCGCGAUCCACUACUGCACGUCACGCCCACCAACUCAAAGAAGGAUCAUCGUUUACAUCACGAGGAUUACUAUCAUGAAAUCGAGACAAUUUACGAAAUCCCGGAGAGUGAUGUCUCUAUGUACGAUUGGCACCGGGACUCCAUUUACGAGUCUCAGUUUUUGAAUUGCUUCCAUGUCAAUCAACAUGAUGUUGAAAUGAUGUCUUGUCCAUCGACCGACGAGGUGUACAGCGACGCCGACAUAGUACUGUCAGCGGAUUGGGUACCCCCGGUGUGUUUGCCGCGUACCGAACCUCCCCUCUCCGCGCCGCCGCUUGGCGAAAACGAUAGAGCGGUGCGCAAACCAGCUGCUGUCUCUUUCUCGCUGGAUGGAAACCAGAAGGAGGAUCCCGGAAAACCUGAUAAGAAGAACAAGAUGUUAAAACGUCUUUCCUACCCGCUGUCCUGGGUUGAGGGCCUCACAGGCGAAGGCCCUCCUACCUCGCAGGCCGACUCGCUACCCACUUCCGCUGACAGCCACAACUCCACAUCCGUAUUCUCCAAAGUAUUCAACAGUUCACCAAUGAACUUAGUGGAGUUUGGUACUGGUUUGUUCCUGAGUAAAACGCCUUCAGAGGAGGCGCCCCAUGAAGUCCUGUCUGGGCGGAGCUCCCUUGGCGGAUUUGGACGUUCUCAUCCCAAAGCGACUGGUCCAACACAGCCACGACUCGACUAUCGCAGUAUGGUCUCAGUGGACGACAUGCCUGAUCUUUUCGCUUCUUUCGAUAAAUUAAUACCGCGUCCAGCGAGGCCAAGUGACGACCCCCCGCUGUAUCUGAGGUUGCGUAUGGGCAAACCCGCCGGUCGCCCUCUGCCCCGCUCCACCCCUCUGAUGUCCUAUGGCCGCAAACGCAUGAAGCCCGAGUAUUGGUUCGGCAUCCCUAGAAAUAGGGUGGACGAUCUAUUUAAGUUCCUGACGCACUGGGUGCCGGAGCGGUACGGCCCGUUGCGCGACGUGACUGCGCAUGGCUACGAGCUCAUAGACAGCGAUACCGAGUGGGAUGACGACGAUAGCAAACCCGGACAGAAGGAACGUUCUGGAAGUGCCGGCGAUGUCUCUGAUAUCACAAGGGAGUCGUGGGAGCUGCUGAAGGCGCCGUACGUGAAAGUAUAUUCUAUAAUGAAGAGCCAGGCUGAAGCCCUGGGCGACUCCCUCGGCGAGGAACCGCAGCCAGAGGUGUUGUCCAUGAGCGAUGAGCUGCGACGCGCGUUGUAUUCGUCGGGUGCUUCCGUCGACAUGGAGUUCUCUCCGCCCGACCUCAUUGGCGCCUCGGAGAUAUUCACUAUGGAACAUCGAGAGAAGUUAUGCACCGUGCUACCAGCGCGUGCGCAGGGCUACAUGUGGUCGCUGGCGUUCAGCACCAGCCAGCACGGCUUCUCGCUCGCCUCCAUGUACCGCAAGAUGCAGCGCGUCGACAGUCCCGUGCUGCUGGUCAUACAGGACACCGACAACAAUGUGUUCGGCGCCCUGACCUCUUGCGCAUUCCGGCCCUCGGAGCACUUCUACGGUACGGGCGAAUCGUUGCUGUUUUCAUUCCAACGGGUGGAGGACGCUCGCCGAAGUUCGCAGAGCAUGCCUGAAGACACCAACAAUAAGGAAGCGAAGGACGAGAAAAAGGACGAAAAUGAAGACCAACAAGCAGUAGCAUUCAAGACCAAAUUCAAGUAUUGGGGCUGGACCGGUGACAACAUGUAUUUCAUACGUGGGAGCAAUGAUAAUAUUUCCAUCGGCGCAGGAGACGGCAAGUUCGGGCUGUGGCUGGACGGCGACCUUUACCUGGGCCGCACCCAGCGCUGCACCACGUACGGCAACGAGCCGCUGACCACUCGCGAGGACUUCAUCGUCAAGAUCAUGGAGUGCUGGACCUUCAUCUGAGCUGCGCCGCCGCCAAGCGCCCCCCCGAGAUUAGCUUUACACUAUCUUAUGAACAUUUGCUACGAAGAUUUGACACUUUAACGAGUCACCGUCUCUUCGACUCCGAGGCCGAGAACCGGUUAGGCUCGCCCCGGCUCGAGCGCGUCCGAGUGCGCGCGCGCAUCUAGUCACGCCGACACCGACCGCGUAUUCGUUCUCCCCGAAACAAACCGCGCGCGCGACCGGCCCGUGCGGCGAAUGCAUCAUACCUAGUCAAUUGUCGUUCGUAUGUAAGUUGGGGUAAUUCCUUUUUUUUAUUCUGCGGACCAUGACGUCAUCGGACAAAACGAGUUGAACAUGUUAUAACAUACAUAACUUCUCGUACAACUGUGGUUUGUUACGCCAUUAAUUAAAAGGAACAGUGUAUAGCGAUACACACGCUUCUUAUUUUUCUGUUUCUCUCUACUUUUGUGCUUUGUGUAAUAAAAGUGUAUUCACACUAACACAUUCAUCUAUUUAUAAAACUAUAAAAAAAAUAUGAUCAAUCUGGCCACUUGAAUAAUUAAUAUCGUUUUGGAUAAUUUGAAAUCCCAUUUUGUAUUUUAAAAUCAAUCAUAAGUGAGCUCAGGUAAAACGCUAUUUUCCAGUAGUAUUCCAUAGGGGGUACUAUUUAUUCCAUUUUGUCUGAUGACGUCAAAUUCCGUAGAAACAAUAGGAACUACCCGGAAGGUCGAGACGGAGGAGCUCGCGUCGCUCCGGGAGACUGUCCGAUAACGAUUACGUGUCAAUUCAAUUUAUAACUGUGCGUCGUUGUUAAGAAAAUUAAAUU